UGAUUUUUGAAUGUGACAUUAGAAAAAUACCUAAUUUGCUUAGUGCCUAACGUCAUUCCUUCUGUAAUUGGAAAUAUAAAAUAUUUAUUUUUUACCUUACAUAGGUUCAAAUAAGUAAUUAAUUAAUAGGGAAAAUAUGGCUGGAUAUUCCGAGGAUCAGUUGGCAGAGUUUCAAGAAGCCUUUCAGCUUUUUGAUUCACGUGGAGAUGGCAAGAUUCAUGUGGCCCAAAUUGGAGACGCUCUAAGAGCCCUUGGACAGAACCCCACUGAAUCAGAUGUCAAGAAAUGUACUCUGCACUUGAAACCUGAUGAGAGAAUUUCUUUUGAAGUCUUUCUGCCUAUUUACCAGGCGAUAUCAAAGGCUCGAAGCGGAGAUACGGCCAAUGACUUUAUCGAGGGCCUCAGACACUUUGACAAGGACGGCAACGGCUUCAUUUCGUCUGCAGAACUGCGCCACCUGCUUUCCACUCUUGGUGAAAAGCUGAGUGAUGAUGAGGUGGAGCAGCUGCUGCAGGGGCAGGAGGACUCGCAGGGCAACAUCAACUACGAGAACUUUGUGCAUCUCAUCAUGCAGGGUUAAUGCAACGCAUUUAGCAUUGAACAAGAAAACUUUAAAUAUAAUGAUAUGAUUAAUUAUAAGAUAUAUUAACUUUAUAUUUGUAAUGUUUUUAACUACACGUACUUAGAUGUUUUUGUCAAAUUUAUUGUAAAAUGGAUAAUUCUUUUUUUACAUUUCUAUCCGAAUGCAUGUUUCAAAAAACGGACCUACUUCUACCGAUCCAUCGAUCGAAACACGCAUCACCUAACGCGUACUCAUUAUCGGACGUUGUAGGAUCCAUUCCUAGUUGUAAGAGCACUAUUUUCUCUAAUUUAAAAUGUUUUAACCAUUCUAGAAUAUAAAAUAGUAUAUGUAUAUGAUUUCCAUUAUUGAUAAGUUCCAAAAUAUUCCAAAAUGUAUUAUUAACGUUAAUUAUGACGGCGUGUCUUAUCGUGCAGAUAAGAUGAAGUAAAUAAACCUGAUACAUCAUA